GCCCAGCCUUGUUCGUCCUCACUCGGCUACAUCGCUCGCGGAGCAGUGCCUGUAUUGACUGGUGGCGAAAACCGAGCAAUAACCUCUUCAGACACGUCGCAACUCAUCUCUGGUGUCGUUAUACAUGCGUGUGAAGUGUGUGUGUGCAGUGCUUUUAUCGAGUAAACGGCUCUUUGCGAUGUAAAGACUUACUUGUGCUGGCCGGCGGAUGGAUACGCGGCCAUUUUAGUAGGCGAUGCGGCAACCGUGUAUAUUCCGCCAUUCGAAACAAUCAAAGUGUUUUUCUCCAGGUGCAACUCCUGGAAUUUUGGUGUAUACCCUGUGGCGUGUAAUAUAUUAGUGCUAUGUGAUAGAUUCGAAUUAAUGUCAAAGUUUCGAAGAUUGCAGUGAAGUGGUUAUUUAGUUCGCAAGUGGUACACAGAAUGAGGUAGAGCUAUGGAAAACGACGUGAAGCAGCGGAAUCAAAGGAAUCGUCGUCGUGAACGGGCGCAGCGCAUGCAGGCUCAGAGAGAAAAUAAAGCUAAAGAUGGGGAUAGUGCGGAAGACGAAUCUCCGGCUAGAGAAAAGCCGCAGAGACCUCCCAAUAGAAGGAAAAAAUCGAAAGAGCCGCAGUUCGAAGAGGAUAUCAUUGAUGGAUUUGCCAUCCUAGCAUUCCGUACAUACGAGGAACUCGAGAAUGCCAUGAAGCACGCCGGCAAGAACAACAUGAAGAUGUUCAGCGCCGUGACGCUGGGCGACGAGAAGCCGCCCAAGCUGCUCGACACCGGCCAGCGCACCGUCACCACCCCCAUCAACAACAACAACACGACCACCACCAACCACAACAACAACACCACCACCAACCACAACCACCAGCCGCCGCCUCCGCACCCUCCUACCCCGACGACCCCAGCGCAGGCGGGGGUGACGCUGAACCACGACGCCGGCACGAGCGACGACAGCGGCCGGGCGUCGGAGCGCCUCAACGGGGCGUGCGCACCCCUCGAGAGGGACAGCUCGCACGACCGCCUCAGCGACGCAAGCAGCCGUUGCAGCUCAGGAAAAGGCUAUAUCGUAAGUAUACACACACCUGUAUUAACAAGUCAGUUGAUGUUUUCUGUCUAUAUCAUAAAUGAAUAA